AUGCACGCCCUGCAGAUCUGUGCUGUGGUCUUUUCUUUUGUCAGUCUCCUGCUGCUCCUCAUUUCCCUGGGCUCAGACUAUUGGCAGACCACCACUGAUAUCCACUCAGGACUAUGGACUGCCUGUAUUUGGGGUAAAUGUGGUACACUUUCGAAUCCUUCAGAUACACUCAAUGCUGUUCGAGCUUUCAUGCUGAUUGGGAUGAUCGCUGGUGCUGUCUCUUUCUUUGGUCUUUGUGCCACAUUUUGCAAGUCGAAACUUGGCUCCAUCUCCCUGGCUAUGAUCUCAGCAAGUGCCAGCAUUGCUGCAGGUAUUUGUGUCAUGAUUGCCAUGGCCAUCUUCACAGCUAAUGCAAGUUUAUAUGGAUGGUCAUUUGGCUUGGGCUGGGCCUCUUUCCCUCUCUACCUUAUAACUGGUUCAGAACAGACUUUUUAA